AAGUGUCACUGCAGGGAUAUUUAACUUCCUGUUUCAAGAAUACAGUCAGCUAUCUUGAUGUUUGCUUCGAUGGCAGUAAAUCAUCAUCUUGCAUCCUUCAUUCUGUUCCUCAUCAGUAACACAGGGUUCAGUGCUGAGAUCUCUGUGUUUGUGCAGACAGGAGCUUCUGUUCAACUGGAUAUACAGACACAACAACUACCAGAGUUUGAGCUUUUAGCCUGGAUGAAUAAUAAAUCAGAGAGUAUAGUUAGAUACAACAGUGAUUCCAAAAGAGUAGCACCUCUAGAUUCCUACAAGGACAGAGUGGUUUUCAAUGAUGUAACCUUCUCUCUGACUCUGAAGAACAUGCAGAAGACAGACAGUGGACUCUACACAGCAAGAACAAUUGGAUCAAAAACCAGAGAUUUGGUCUCAUACAGAGUUUCUGUUAUAGACUCUGUGGAGGCUCCUGUCCUGACUGUGAACUCAAACUGGUUCAGCAGUGACUCCUGUACUGUGAACUUCACAUGCAGAACUCAUGAGCUCAUGAUUAACUCCAGCUAUCAGAACAACAGCUGCUCUCCACAGGAAGUGACAUCACAGAUCAACACUCUCACCCUGGACUGCAGUGAGGAAUACAUCAUCUGUAACCAUAGCAACCCUGUCAGCUGGAAACAAGACAGAAUAAACAUCACACAACUCUGUGGAGAGCCCUGGUCAGUAUUACACUUGUAGGCUGUCAGUCUGUUACAUGAGAGAAAUCUCACCUUUUUGAGGCUAAAAUCUGACAAGAAUCAAAUGCAAGCAAACAUGUUUCCACACGACUUGUAAUCUGAGCAGGAAACUUACCUUCAGAUCUCUCAGAUGUCAAACAGGCUGAUGAUACAGACUACGAUGAUGUUGAGGUGAGCUUCGGAUGACAGUUCAUCUCUAUUCCAGCAGAAGUUGGAUAUAAAAUGUCAUAUCAAACUCACUACUGGAUAUUAAAUGUGUUUCAUAUAAUGAGGUAAUCUGUGAUGGUUUGUUUUAUUUCUCUUUAAGGAUUUAAAUCAUUUAAUACAGAUUUUAUAAAUGAGUGUUUCUUUGCUUCCAUCAUCUACUUUUAAUAUAGUUUCAUGAAUUGUAAUGUAAGCUCUAUAUGUGUUUGUAUGUUGUUUGGUUUUGUUUACUGCCUUAUUCAAGCAAUACAUUUUUAUAUCAUCAAGGAACCAACCUGGGCCGGGUUUCCCAAAAGCUUCGUAAGCCUAAGAAGUUUGUGAAAACAAUCGUUCGACUGAUCUUAAUAUUACGGUCUGGUUCCCAAAAGCAUCAUAACUUAAGUAGCACUUGAAAAUCAUUGUAGAUCUACAAGUGCUCUGGAGUAAUCGUUAAGCCCUAAGUGCUGUAUGCCAUGUCCGGUAGUAAGACCAGCAGCCUAUUAUCUGCCCUUAUUUUUAUUAAAUUAACUGAUGCACUUAUGGAUUCUUGUACCUUUUUGUUGUUUGCUGUGUUAUUAAACUAUGUAUAAUUGGCAGCACAUAUAACUAAUUUUUAGGUGUUGAAACCCUCUGCUGAAUACCUUUCUGCUUGUUGAUUGCUUACUAAUUUUAGGUAAUUUGUGAUUGGUCAAACGCACUGUUAACUAUAUGCGACACCCAUCUUUAACCUGCUGCUUUGCCAUCUUGGGGUUUUAAUGUGAAUUGUUUAUUAUAAAAGAAUAAAAGCCAUAUUUGU